AUGUCCAAUCUUAAACAGGCUCUUUCAAUGCCUUCUGAAGAGGUUCAAUCGGCCACUCCUCCUGGCACUGUUAUUCUAUCAGUUCAGUCAGAGCGGGCAGCAGAUGGGAGUAGUUUCCAGAGCGAUGGAGUAGUUCUCAUUCCUCAACCUAGUUCGGACCCGGAAGAUCCAUUAAAUUGGCAACCUUGGCUCAAAGCCAGUGUUCUGGCGUGUAUGUCAUUCUAUGCUGCGAUUGGAAACUUUAGUUCGGCCUCCAUCGCAAGCGCCUUUCCUCUCUACGCCACACCACUGGCCUUUCAGCCGCCAGUCUCUAUUGGAACUCUGACUCAUUUGAUCGCUGUCAACGUGCUGAUGAUGGGCGCAGCAAAUAUUUGGUGGGUACCGCUGGCGAAUAUUUUUGGUCGACGGCCUGUGAUCCUGGCAAAUAUUUUACUUCUAGUACUAUGCUCCAUGUGGGCUGGAUUUGCUAAAAGUUUUGGAAGUCUCUUGGCUGCCCGGACCUUUAUGGGAAUUGCGGUUGCACCUGCAGAUACAAUUGCACCGAAUGUAAUUGGAGAGAUAUAUUUCACUCAUCAGCGGGGUCGAGCGAUGGGAGUUUACACUGUCUGUAUCUGCCUUGGACCCAUCAUCGGAGGCCUUUCAGGCGGCUAUAUUGCUGGCAACAAAGGACUCCCUUGGAUUCAUUGGGUCAACGUUAUCCUGUCUGCCAUAUUAUUUGUUUUCUGUCUCGUUUUCGUCCCCGAGACUCUAUACAGCAGGGAAAAGCCACUUAUAUCGAGCCAAGUAACCGACCUGAAGGGAAACACGGAAACAGUCGAGGAUGUGGCCGCUGGGUGCCAAAACGGUCCACGAAAAAGUCAUCCACUUCUUACAUCGAUGUUGAAGUUUCAUAAACAUGAUGGAGAAAUCUGGAGCAAAUUCUUAGCACCUUGGAAGACGCUUCGUCUACCAGGUGUGUGGCUUGUUAUGUUCUGGUAUGCUGGACUUGUUGGGGGUGUUGUUACGAUCACAACUGUGGCCCCAACCUUGGUCUCCAAGCCGCCAUACUUAUGGGGAAAUAAUGCUGGCUUGAUUAUGAUAGGUGGAAUAAUUGGCGCAUUUCUGGGGUUUCUUACAACCAGUCUAAGCGCAGAUUGGAUUAUUACCAGCAAGCGCGUGUUACAGGGUGAUGCUUUCGUUGAACCUGAAGCACGACUACCUGUCGCAAUUCCGGGCUUGGUUUUAGCUACGACCGGACUUUGGACAUUUGGUUUCUGUGCACAGAGCCUCAAUCAGCACAUGUGGAUUGGGAUGCAAUUUGGGACCGGUAUGCUUUGCUUUGGCCUGAUGCAAGCACCCUCAGUUGGAUUCAAUUAUCUCCUCGACGCUUAUGGACAACACGCCGCGGACUGCUUUGUUUCGGUCACAUGUAUGAGAGCCAUUAUUAGUUUCUCUUGGACCUUUUUCGCUGGUGAAUGGGUGACAAGUGCGGGACCCGCCAUUCCAUUUGGAGUAUUUGGAGGGCUGAUGGGGGUAUUUUCGUUGCUCACGAUCCCGGUCUGGCUUUGGGGCAAAAGGAUGAGAAUUGCUACUGCAGGUUGGGUAUAA